AUGCCGGUGAGAACAGCGAGGGAUUUCGCCAUUAGGCGAGGCGCCAGUAUUUUGUUUGCGGAAAUUCCUGUUGAACGCUUAAUCCGAGCCAAGUUCCAAGACAAUUCGGAAUUUCUGAAGUGUUCCAGAAGGAUUUUUGACGCCAACUAUAGCGGAGAUUGGCCAGAUGUUUCCGGCGUUAAAAAUAGCCUGGGGAAGUACAAGCGCAUUGAGGAAAUGGCGACGGAUGCAGCGUACUGCCAGCUGACGGGAGUGCUCUUCCCAGGCAAACUACCGCUCAAAAAAGUGAAACUGGUUUCGAGCAGAGAAAACGAUUGGAUUUCUAAUUGGCGCAUUCUGCAGUCCGUGUUGGACAAAAUUGGAGUGCAGAAGGUGUUGUUGCCUUAUGCAUUUUCUUUGCAAUAUUUAGCAGUUGUGUAG